AAGACCCAAUUGUACGCGGAACAUGGCUCAUCCCAGUUUACUCGUAGUGGUACUGACGAUCCUUGUCGUUUCGUUCAACGAAGCAGCAGGACGAAGUUUGAAUCGUUUGAGUCGUGACGCAGUGGCAGAUGGCAUCGAAGUAGAAGUGUCCUCUUCCGGUGAGCAAAAUCGAGCAGCAAUUCCGGUGAUCAGCGACAUUCAGCGUGUGGAGAAAAUAGCCGAUCUGUUGAUAUCGAUCGGUGAACGUGUCAUACCCGCACUGCUGGACGGUUUGGCCGAACAGGUUACGGCUUCAACGUCCGACCGAAGACUCCUACAUCACGUCGAUAAAAUGGCUCCGGCACAGACGUUAUAGCUUCACAAAUAAUAAAUGGGUUCUUUCUUUGAGGGUGUACAUAGCCAUUGUAGGAGAUAAUUAUGAACUAUCUGUUU